GAGCAGCAGCUCAGAUUCGUUACGGAAAUUGGAUUUGGUUUGGCGUGGACUCUUCUGUAUUAAGAAGAUAAUUAACACAGCCAGACGCCUUAUUAAGUAAGACUGCAUACAUAAACUCGUUUAUUGACUCACCUUGAAGAGAUUGCUGGCAAGAUUGAUCCAAUUCAGUGAACAAUUCAUUUACGUGAAACAUACACAAAAUUCUUAAUAUUUAACCAAACGUUUGAUGAGAUGAGUGAGGUACCUAAAAUAGUAUUUUGUGGAUCUGGUAAAAUUAGGUAUGGGUGCCGUUUAAGCAUGAUUAUGGAAGCAUUCAAGCAAACAAUCUUAGCAUUUUUCAUUCCAGUCGCCACUUUGCCACUGGAGAGGAUUACAGUUAAAUAAUUGCUAACAAAAUGCUACAGCUAAUUAUUUAUUAAAGACUUUCAAGCAUUAAAUAAUUUGUGCAAACUAAUUUGAUUGGAGUGAAAAGUGUUAUUGUAAUUUUAUCAUGUUGAUUCGUAAAAUUCCUUGAAAAUGAGGUCGUUUAUUUCUCAUAAUUUUGUGGUAGUGUUAUUUAUACUGCUCACCCCCACGAACGCACGAGACCAUCAGGACGCCGCCGUGAUGGCGCACGUGGUCGGAAGUGGUGCGAUGAACGUGGACCACUACUUCCACACUUUGGGGGUAGCGUGUGAAAAUAGGAAUCCCGCAUUUUGGAAAACUAUCCAGCAGGAUCGCUCCCAAUGCAUGAGUACGAGAGGAGGAGGAGGAGCGGAUAAGGAUUAUUACGCAACUCUGCCACAAGGCUCGUUCGAGAAAAUGUGUCGAAAUUGGAGAAGGAAUCAUGUUUGCAAUAUUAAUUUUGGUCGUGAUUUGAACCAGUGUUUGGACAGGACGAGGGGAUCGGAUGCUUUCGAAUUUAUGGAGGCCUACGCUAAUUUUGCUUGUCGUGAUGUCCGUGACACGGAGAAUCAAUUAGCAGUUCACACUCGGAGACACGCGCCUGUCGUGUCGCCUGGCGUUUUUAAAUGUUUCCCGGAACUACAGGACCGAAUUUUGAAUUGUGUCAAAGCAAGGGCAGUGGAUACUUAUGCAGAUUCACUGUGCAGCCAAUUUUACACAGUACAGCAAUGUUUCGCCCGAUUUUACACGGACUCGAAAAGUUGUGACCACCACGGAGUGGUCGAUUACUUGAGAGAUUUAUUCAAAUCCAUGGCAUUCACGAUGAAAUGUUCUGGAACGGAGCAUGUCUGGGACCACAAUUCCAUCGCAGCACGACCAACGCCACGACCAAACGCAUAUCGACAAGAUGACGAAAUACGUCGUUAUCGCCCUGUCUCCAUUCCCUAUAAUCUACAGGAAUCUCACCCCUACAACAACUUUCCAGCCUUUCGAGACAUUGAGGGACCACCCCCACCCGUUCAAUUAUUCAAUAAUCAAUUUGCAUACCCACGUGACGAUGAUUCGAUACCUUUAAACCUCCAAAAUUCUGAACCUCCUCUUCCACUCCGAUUUUGGAAGGCUGUUCCCCUCCAAACUCCUCCCACGACGACAUAUCCAGCACCCCCACAACAACGACCAUCGUCCCCUCGUCCAACCUUGCCGUCACCACAAUCUCAACUCAAAUCUCAACAAGACGAGCCCGAGUCGCCGCUUGGAAAGUGGUUUAACCUUCAACAGAAAAAGUAUUCCUCUCCCACGAGCGGCGGUCCUGCGUGGGCGUGGGGAUACGAACGCUAUGCUCAGCCUGGCGGUGUGUCGGACAUGGACAAAUUCUACUCGUAUCGGGUCGAGCAGAAUGAUCAGGGAGACAAUCCUGACCUUAAUCGCGGAGUGUACGAUGUUUACAAAGUUCACUACGAUACGCGAUACGGACUUCCACCAAGAUCAAGGGGGCUGAGCAAUCGGAAUCCAAAGUCUAAAGUGGAUGAACCUCCCCUCAUGACGACGUUAGAUGACCUGCACGAUAACCACUUUCGCCAAUUUAAGGAUGACCAUUUCUUCCAGAUUCAGACCACACCAAAGUCCACGCUCCGAUUUAUCCACUCUGUUCCUCCAACCCCACCGCUACUCGUCUCCACGAGAAGGACCGUCAAAGAUGUCACACUCCCAAAAAGUGUAGACAAUAAAGCACGUGACAGUGGUGAUGAUGGUCAUCCAAAUUACAAAAUUAUCAUCCUUUCCAACACCACUGUCUCUCCGCCGAUUCGUAUCAUGGUCAAAGGCAAGGAUGGAGUACGCUUCCCUGACGCCACACUACCGCCGCCCGGUUGGAACUUUACGUUUCAUAAUCCUCCUCAACUACUUUGGCCAGUCGUGUCAACAAGAAAGCCGCCUCCCUUGACCAAGAUCAUUGUGACGGAGGGCCCAACAUCGUACGCACAACAGAGAAGAAUAAAAUACGACCAAGACAAUUUCCCCACGACGACGCCACCCUUAAGUGAUCGCCAUCCUUCAACAUCACCCAGAUCGUUUAGAUUUCGGUCUAAGAAUGACAAAACUUUACACCAAUUUUCAUGGCACACUUCCACAGCACCACAAAAUGAGAACGUCAUCAUAAUCCCUGGCAGCGCUACUCCGCGAUACCACUUGUCACCCUCCAAUAAGAACUAUACCUUUCCACCCUGGCCAGCACGUCCAAGAAACCAGCGCCCAGUAUUAAUCUCGACCACGAUGCAACCACGUGCGUCGUCUGAAGAGGAGCCCCUUCCACCAAUCUCAACAAGAAGACCGAAUAAAAUCCUGAGACGGGUCAAAGUCAGGAAACGUCCGACCACGACCACAACCACAACCACGACCGAGUUCAGCACGACAGAUUAUUAUAGUUAAAAUAACAAGAUCAUUUUAAUUUUGUAAAAUUCUAAUUGUACAAAAACUUUUAAUUGUAUAUAAAUAAAUCUACACGUCGUCCAGUGGUAAUCAA